AUGGCAUUAUCCAAGCCAGAUAAUCCAGAUAUUGUACAGGAUGAAUCAAUCAUUGCCCAGCACUAUUUGGUGUGUGGUACUGAAGACUGUGAGGAGAACUGCCAGUUUUACUGCAAUGACUGUCACCAACCAAAGUGUGAACAAUGCAAGAAUGAACAUCAGAAGAAUCCAGAUACCAAGAACCAUGAAAUGGUCCCUUACCAGCAACGCAAGAUACAACUACCUGUGCAGAAAUGCAAGGAUCACCCAACUAAGAAUAUUGACAUGAUCUGUGAGGACUGUCAAGCUCCAGUAUGUUCCAAAUGUGUAUUACAAAACCACCAAAAACAUGCUUUGAAUGAUUUAGAAACAAUAUAUUCAGAAAAAAUAACUCCUUGUCUUGAAAAAAUCCAUAAAAUUCGACAGUAUUUUAUUCCAAAUUCACUACAUAUGCAGAGAGAUAUAAAAAAAAAUGCAGAAGAUAUAAAAAAAAUCAUGGAUGAUCUAAAAAGAUCAAUGAAGACGGAAACAGAAUCUUUAAAAUGUCUACUGGAAACAGUGUUAUCAGAUAAUCUAGAACAAGUCAACAAAAUGGAAGAGUCAAUAAUGAAAGAGCUACAGAGUCAAGACAAAACUUUUGAAGAUUACAUUUCUUAUCUUGGGGACCUUCUUAAAAAGUUCAAUGGCUACCUGUCCUCUACUGAACUCCAAAACUACCCCAUUAUAUUCUCUAUUUCUGAUCACCUUAAUAUCCGACCCAUACCAGAGACCACCAAAGCAGUCCCUCCAAUAUUUACUGCUGGUCAAUACAACAAGGAGGAUGUCACCAAACUGCUGGGUAAAGUAACUGUUCCUGAACCUAAACCAGAGAACAGUAAAAUAAAACCCACCGAGACUGCUGCUACACAGUAUAUACUCAAAUACUUAAUUUAUCUAUUUAUUUUUUUAUCAUUAUUCUUUUUAUUGAUAUGCUGUAUAGCUAUUAACAAUCAUCUGGAGAAACCAACACUGUCUCUGUCUUCCCCUGUCAUUAUUGUCAGGAAGUACAAAGUGCCAGAUGUUAAAGGUGUAUGUCAUAUAUCACUAGGUAAAUCAGGCAGACUUUGGGUCAGUGAUAAUCAAGGUAACCUUGUUCAAACAGACCAAAAGGGGAAUCUGCUAAAAAGGUUACAGACUACAGGUGGAUAUGGCUACCACACUGUCACACAGGACGGAGUUCUAAUCUAUACAAACAAAGAUGACAAUGUCAUCAAUAGGAUAGCACCAGAUAAUACAAUCACUGAAUUCAUUAAAACAGGAGACUGGGAACCAAUCAGCGUACACUCCUCCCGCAUCAAUGGGGACAUACUGGUGGGGAUGGUAAAGGAUGGAGUCGAGGCUAAAGUCACCAGGUAUGACAAAUCAGGGACAGAAAUACAGAACAUACAGUGGGACAACAAAGGACAGGCACUGUAUAGUGAUCCACAUUACAUCACAGAAAACAUCAAUGGUGAUGUCUGUGUAUCAGACUAUGAGAAACAAGCUGUAGUGGUGGUGGGUAAAUCAGGACAACACAGGUUCUCCUACACACUUCAGAUGUCUGAGUUUCUUCCUUAUGGCAUAGAGACUGAUAUCAUGGGUCACAUCUUGGUGUGUAAUGCUGACAAAGUUUAUUUCUUGGAUCAGGGUGGUCAUGCGCUCUUUUCUCUGCUAAUUAAAGACCAUCAUAAAGACAUAUCAUUGCUUCCCCUCAGUGUGUGUGUGGAUGAAGAGAACAAUCUCCAUGUGGGAUCCGAAAGCGUUACCACAGUGAGAGUGCACAAGUAUCUGCAGUGA